GUUUGGGAUUAUUUACAAGAUGCCUCAACACGGGUUGCAGAAUGAUCAUCACCAUGAGAUCCACACAGAGCUGUCACCUGUUUCUACUGUCAUUGCUAGGAGUUCUGCUAGUCGGGUGCAUUUACCUGGGCUACACUUCCUCCUGGAUUAGUGUGAAUGUAGAGCUAGAAGAACUGACGCUUUACUCGAGUGUGAAGGAAAAAGAACAGCACAAAACCAAGAAUAUACUCCUCCCACAAACGAUUUUGUACAAGCAGCCCAGUGUGCUAAAUGGCCGAAAAGAUGUCAUAACGGUGACCCCAUGGCUUGCUCCAGUGGUGUGGGAAGAAACAUUUGACAAAACUCUGAUUGAUGCCAUCUACAAAAUGCAGAACAUCACCGUGGCAACCACUGUGUUUGCUCUGGGGAAAUAUGUGCAGUUCCUGAAGGACUUCCUCGAGUCAGCAGAGAGGCACUACCUGCAGGGUUACCGUGUGCAUUAUUACAUCUUUACGGACCAGCCAGAGGCAAUUCCUAUGGUAACACUGGGUGCCAACCGCAAUUUGACUACACUGAAAAUUCCAGGUUCAAGCCGCUGGCAGGAGAUCACACUACGCAGGAUGGAGAAGCUCGAGAAACUCAUUGACACCCAAAUGAUCAAUGAAGUCGACUACAUCUUCAGCCUAGAUGUGGAUACCAAAUUCUAUGGUCACUGGGGGGCGGAGACUCUGGGUGAUAUUGUUGCUGUGAUACACCCUGGUUAUUACAGUACACCACGUGAUGAGUUCCCAUAUGAGAGGAGGCCUGAGUCACAGGCCUACAUUCCUCAGGGGAUGGGAGAUUAUUACUAUGGUGGUGCGGUGAUUGGUGGUCUAGUGGAAGAGGUGCACAAACUCGCUAAAACUUGCCGCAUGCAGCUGGACGUAGACAAGGCCAAUUCUAUUGAAGCAGCGUGGCAGGAGGAGUCUCACCUGAACAAGUACUUCCUGUACAACAAACCCAGCAAGAUCCUGUCACCUGAGUACCUCUGGCAGGACUUCAAAUCCAAAACCGAUGACAUAAAAAUCAUCCGCUUCUCUCAAGUCAUCAAGAACUAUGCUGAGGUGCGCCCCAACCCCUGAUCAGACCACAUGUGGGCUGUAAUAUUUUUCUUGUUUUCAGUCACACACGUUUUUUUAUUGGUAAAUAAUCCACUAAACCCCUUAAAGCUUUUUCUUUGUUUUCUAAUUAUUCUUUCUUUUCUUAAUAUUUUUUCUUUUCUUGGUUUUUACAUAUUUAUUAAAUUGCCUCAUGCAGUAAACAUUUUGUGUAUAAUAUUUUUAAACUUCUGCUUGUUUUGUGGUAAAGCCAGUUUGUACAGUUGUGCCAUAGGAUUCAGCACAUGCCUGUAAUCCUGCAGGAACUCAGCGUUCAGAUCACACUGAAAUCAUGAUGGCAGCACUGUUUCAACAUUGCUGUGUCUUGACAAUGUCAACAUGUACAUUUAUGUGCAAGAUUGUGUCCUUUGAGUCGACUGAUUAAAGGGAUCUAGACUUGUUUUCCUCA